AAGGGAAAGACCUCACACGUGACCUAAUCUUUUUACACAUUUUACAUUUGAAAGGAGCACUUUAAGCAAGAUUAUAUUCAUAGUAAACUGUAAACUUCCAGUUUAUACAGAAGAAUAUGAUUCGCCUGAUACUUGGCCUGAUUAUCCUCUGCGUUCCUUACCCGUCUUCUGCUAAGAAAAAUGAUAACGAAAUACUCAUGAAAUACAGGACAAGGUCGCAUGCUUGGGAAAACUUCUUUAUGAGCUGGGGAGCAUGCUCGGACGAAAGAGACUUCGAGAAAAAACUGGCCUAUUCUCAUUCGAUAAUGAAGGACACUAUGGAAAAAUUUUGGGAUAAACCAUAUAUAAAACGCCUGCUGCUGUUUCCCAUUUUCCACUUCAAGCAUGAAGACAAAGAAUCAUUAAAAAAAGCUACAUCUUGUUUUCUGAAGAUUUUUGACAACCCUUUUGCCAUUCCCAAGGGCAAAGCAUUUAGACAGUCAAGUCUAUCUGUGAGGAGGAAACGUGCCCUAGCUAGUCUUGGCAAAGAAGCACUAUCGAUUGCAGGCGGCGCAUUUGCUGGUUUCUUAGGAAAUAUUGCGUCUGACGCGCUCUCAGGUUUCCUGGGAAUAGGAGGCGAUGAUACCAGCAGCACAAAUCAGGUGAAAGAUGUCAAAAGAUGGAGGGAUAUGAAGAUCACAAACGAGAAGGUUACUGUUGUACUCCUAGGAGACCAACGUUUUUUGAAGUCAUUUAAGUCUGUGAUUGAAGAAUUCCGUGAACAUGUGCUGCAAUGUAUAAGCAAACAAAAGAAAUUGACCGAUGUCGCGAGGAAGUUCUGUGACAUGAAAUCUCAGAGUUUAGACGAGGAAGAUCCUGUAAAAAACCCGCAUGAUAAGUCUACCGAUGGUGCGACAGCAAAAAACCUCUGACGCUUGUAUUCAUAGCAAUUGCUAUCUUUACUCUGUUACUUAACUAGUACAUUUUAUGGAAUGAAAAUGGACGCUGUAAUAGAAUAUAAUUACUAUCUUUCACUAAACUUUUAACUAUGUAUAUUCCCACUCUAUCUUCACUCCUACUUUCAAAUUAUCUCCACUGACCACUGACCGACCUACAUCUUAAUUUUUCUUUUUUCUUUCGCUUAUUUCUUUUAUUCUUUAUUUUUAUUUUUUUGUUAUUUUUACUAAUCUUUCUCUCUUCUCUUUCAUUCUUUCUUUCUCUCCUCUUUUGUCUCUUUCUUCUUUUUUUCAUUCCUCACUUCCUGCUCUCAUCUUAACCAUACUAAUGCACUCCCUAUUUCUAGGUCACUUUAAAUACAAACCUUGACUCUGCUACACUCUAUAUAAAUUCUCUACUGGGAAUGACCAAGUUUAAGAGAAUUUUACUUUGCUUGUAAACGCUAUAUUUGGAUGGACUCAUACUAAACUCUUUUUUGGGAUUUUAUUCAAAGGAUAUUGGAAUAUUUUAUAUCCACCAUUCUGUAUAUAAAACGGAUUUACAAAUUCAAUAACCAUACAUGCCUUACAUCUAUUUUCUUUUCUCCACCUCACUCUCUAUUUGUAUCAUAUCGAAACUAACUAUGACUUAUGUUUUCCUCUCACCGAUGAAGAGAUAUUAUUAACUGAUAUCCUGGAAACAGAUGUAAGAAUUUCUAUCUAUAAAGGUCUAAUAUCUA